UCACAAUAGAUUGCAUUAGCUGCUAUACUCACAUUCAAAGGCCUGGACCCAAUUCUGCACCCAAGGAUAUCCUAAAGGACACAUACAAUCCAAAAUAUACAUACAGAGCGUUUCCAUAGAAAUCGCUGAAGUUGUUCGCCAGCAAGCUGAGAGCCAACCGAGACUUGAACGCGCAGAGAGCGUAUCCACAAUCCCACUGCGUAUACAUAUUUUGCUGUUUGUUUAUUUACGGAUGUGCGCCUAAGGAUAACGGUAAAUUGGUAACAGUAACAGCAAGACACCGUUAGAUAAAUUUUAGCAGAAAAAAGAAGGGUCAUACGAAAAAAACAGAGCAUAUAUAGAGAAGAAGCAGAGCUAAACAUUUCGACAUGGGUAACGAAACAUCGCUGCCAAUGGACAUGUGCUCCAAUUUCGAUGCAGAUGAGAUCCGUCGUUUGGGCAAACGUUUCCGUAAACUCGAUCUGGACAAUUCGGGGGCACUGAGCAUAGAUGAGUUUAUGUCGCUGCCGGAACUGCAACAGAAUCCGCUCGUUCAGCGCGUCAUCGAUAUAUUCGAUGCGGAUGGCAAUGGUGAGGUCGAUUUCAAGGAAUUCAUCCAGGGCGUCUCACAGUUCAGUGUGCGCGGCGAUAAGCUAUCGAAAUUGCGUUUCGCAUUCCGCAUCUACGAUAUGGACAAUGAUGGUUACAUAUCGAACGGUGAGCUAUUUCAGGUGCUCAAAAUGAUGGUUGGCAACAAUUUGAAGGAUACGCAACUGCAGCAGAUUGUCGACAAGACAAUCUGUUUUGCCGACAAGGAUGAGGAUGGCAAAAUAUCAUUCGAUGAGUUCUGUUCCGUCGUCGGCAAUACGGAUAUACAUAAGAAAAUGGUUGUCGAUGUUUAAAUCUAAGCGGCCAAUAGAUACACACACACACACACACACACACACACACACACACACACACACACACACACACGCAUAUACAUAUACAUAUGUUAGGCAUGUAUCGACUAACGGUAUACCUACAUAGAAGUCAAACAUUUUUUUUCCCAAUUCCAAAUGCGUUGACAUUUGAAACAAAUGCUAUGCAUAAGUGCGUACGCAUGUAAUUAUUUAAGUGCGUGCUAAAUGGCACAACAACAACUAACUAAAAAUACAAGUAACUACUUAAAAAAUGAUAUGAAAACAUAACUUAACUUCAAAUGAAAAGUAAACCAAAGAAACGAAUCAAAGUAAAGCAACUAUGAAAACUCGAA